AUGGUAAGCGGACAUUCGUCACGGACAAUGCUGCAUAUUGUGUUGGCGGAGGUUUACUCGUCGAUCUAUACAAACACUACUGUGAAAAAAAAUAGAGAAUUUAAGAAGUGCGAGAGGCGUACGCCGCAACAGUUAAGCGGGCGCGGGAGCCCCGGGCUGGGCGGUCAAAUGCUUGCCAUGGAUGUCACGAAGGAGGCCCGAGCGUCACCCCUCCCUGCUAAUGCACAGGGUGGCACGGCUGCGUCGACGCAACCACCUCAACCACAGAUCUGCGCGGGAUGUAACAAAGUGAUUACUGAGAGAUAUCUUCUCAAGGCGUUGGACCAGUUGUGGCAUGAGGACUGUUUGAAGUGCGGCUGCUGCGACUGUAGACUUGGCGAAGUCGGGCACACGCUCUAUACUAGAGCUAAUCUUAUACUGUGCAAGAGGGAUUACUUAAGGUUAUUUGGAAACACUGGAUACUGCGCUGCGUGCAAUAAAGUUAUUCCAGCUUUUGAGAUGGUGAUGCGUGCGCGCAACAAUGUCUACCACCUCGAAUGUUUCGCCUGUCAGCAAUGUAAUCACAGGUUCUGUGUGGGCGAUAGAUUUUACCUCUGCGAGAAUAAAAUUCUGUGUGAAUAUGACUAUGAAGAGAGGCUAGUCUUCGCGAAUAUGGCUUACAACCCCCCACCCCUAGCUCAUCUGAAACGGCAGACAACGCAUCUUCCACCACCACCGACGAGCAGUGCAAUGGGCGGAUUGAUAAACGGUUCAAGCCGAGCUGGAGACCUCAACAACAACAUGUCAGGCUCCUCUCCAGCCCCCUUCCAGGCUCCCCCACACCUCAAACCUCUGGGACUCUCAGCGACCAGCUGA